CCUUCACUUUUCCCAAAGUGUCCCCGCAAAGUAGAACCUGGUCCAGACCCGUCUACCAAGUUCGAUAGUGAUGAAGAUCUAGCCCUUUGCCAAAGUCUUCUUGUGUCCUUUCCCUAUAAAAGGGAGGAAAGGGUCUUCCAAAACUACUAGUACUACUCCUCCAUUGCAUCUUUCAGCAAGUAUAUUUUUGUUGCGCAGGCAAUUGCUAAGCUUUUCAGACUCUGAUAUUUUCUUUGCACGAAGAAGGAUGGCCAACAAUGUUUUUGUUCCCCUUGUACUGUCGGCGGUGGUGACGCUUGCCCUCCUGAUUACUGUUCAUGAUGUACCAAAGUGGUACGAGCAGACCCUGACUGACAGGUUCGGAAAUAGCAGAAAAGACAACACCGGAAUUUGGCGGCAAUGUCAAAAGCUGAACGUAGCAGGACGCGAGUCGACUACAUGCGCCGUGUUCAAGAUCACGUCACUAAAGGUUCCCGCCAGCCUCCGUUCGGCUCAGUCCCUCUCCAUUAUAGCCACAAUAUUCGCAGGUAUAGCCUUGAUCGGCACCUCGUUCAUUGAGUAUGACAGCACAAAGGUCGGGCUCCUGCGGGUGCCUUCCAUCUUCUUCGCUGUAUCUGGUAUCGCGAUUGCCCUCGCAGCUCUCAGCUUCGUCGCCUUCAUCAGGCGGGAUGCCAAUCUCCAAACGUCUCGCCCCAGCGUGGGUCUGAGCGUUAAAGCAAGUUAUGGUGCCAGUUUCAUCAUCGCAUGGAUCACGCUGGUUCCGGCCUUCGCUGCAGCCUUGCUGGCACAUGUACAUCAUUCCGCGAAAGCUGCUUCAGCCUAAUCGCGUAAGAGCAAUGUUAAAGUACCGAUUGAAGCUUCGCCCGGGGCUAUUCAAGAAAACGGUACUGUGGCCUAAUCGACAACAAUGUUUCAUAUUAUAUAAUUGAAGUUUCUCCCAGGGCUAUCCCAGGGACCCUCGCUUGUAGCCAACGAUGCUCUAACCCUUGAGCUAUGGUGUAGUCGUCAUCCCAGCAGAGACCGUUCAACAUUUUCUUCAGACUUCGUAACUCACAUUUCCUGAAUAAUAAUAAUAAUAAUAAUAAUAAUAAUAACUCUUUAUGUUGUGCUGAACCCCGUUUUCGGGGGUUCCGCUGACUGAACAUUAUUUUAAAAAUAAAGUAUGAAAGUGAUUUAUCGUGUCCGUCCACGUCCUUACAAGCGUUCAAUAAUGCACUGACUCGCCUUAGAAUUAGGCCAAAAACCACAUUGCCUUUGCUCCUCGAGGGCCGCGUUUUACCGACCUACGUGUACAUGUACAUACAUGUAUGCUUACGGUCCACUGAUGAUAGUGUAGGCUGCGCUCUGGAUUUAUUUCACAUAUAAAAUUAAUAAUUAGACUAGCUUUCAAAUCGAAAUCAAUCCAUUAAUAACUUUUCUCAGCCUCUUUUGUUUGCCUAUCGAUCGCUGUUCAAGCACCAGACCCUCUCUUUCUCUCUCUCUCUCUCUCUCUCUCUCUCCUUAUCCACUUCCCUCCCUCUCUGGAUUUUCACAUAUCACCUUUUCGUACGUAUACAUGUAGAAUUUGUACUGAUCUUCUCUCUCAGCCUGGGUCUUAUCUUGUUAGUGUACUUGUGUCAUUUCAGAAACAUUGUUCAGAAUGUAUGCUGUUCAACAAAAUUAUUCCCAUCUGUGCAUAGAAUGGCUUAUUCGAAAACUC